AUGUUUAAAAAGAAAAUCCAACAGUUAUUUCAUGGUUACGUAUCUGAAAGUGUUACCGGAUAUGAUAUAUACUGUCAUUUGACAAUUGUUGGUGGUAGUGAGGGCGUGGUUAAUGGCGGUGGAGGUAUUAUGGAGGUGGUAAUAGUGGUCGCCAUUGUUGUCAGACGUCUUCAGUCUAAUUUUAUUCUUAUUACUCGCAGGACGAAACUCACACUCUCCCUCGCUAUCUCUCUCACGAACUGUCUCACCACCUUGUUUUCUCACAAUCCCCCGCGACACACUUUCUCUCUCUCUCUCUCUAUCACUCCUUCUUUCUCUCUCCCUCUCUCAGAUUGUCUCACCACCUUUCUUUCUUACUUUCUCACAAUCCUUCGCGACACACUUUCUCUCUCUCUCUGUCAUCCCUUCUCUCUCUCCCCCUCUCUCAGAUUGUCUCACCACCUUUCUUUCUUGCUUUCUCCACAAUCCCCCCGACACACUUUCUCUCUCUCCUAUCACCCUCUCUCUCACUAUCACCCCUCUCUCCCCCUCUCUCAGAUUGUCUCACCACCUUUCUUUCUUGCUUUCUCCACAAUCCCCCGACACACUUUCUCUCUCUCCCUAUCACCCUCUCUCCCACUAUCACCCUCUCUCUCCCCCUCUCUCAGAUUGUCUCACCACCUUUCUUUCUUGCUUUCUCACAAUCCCCCGCGACACACUUUCUCUCUCUCCCUAUCACCCUCUCUCUCACUAUCACCCUCUCUCUCCCUCUCUCUCAGAUUGUCUCACCACCUUUCUUUCUUGCUUUCUCACAAUCCCCCGCGACACACUUUCUCUCUCUCUAUCACUCCCUCUCUCUCUUACACGCAUUUUCUUUCACACCAUUCUUUUAUAUUUACACACACUCAUUUUCUCAUACUAUCUCUUUCUCUCUCUCACUCUCUCUCUCUCUCUCUCACACACACACACACAGGGAGGUGUGAGAAGAACGCAUUUAUCUGUGUGCAUCUAAAUCUCUCCCCAUCUAUCUAUCUAUCUAUCUAUCUAUCUAUCUAUCUAUCUAUCUAUCUAUCUAUCUAUCUAUCUAUCUAUCUAAUUCAGUGCAUUCAUAUCUAUCUAUCUAUCUAUCUAUCUAUCUAUCUAUCUAUCUAUCUAUCUAUCUAUCUAUCUAAUUCAGUGCAUAUCUAUCUAUCUAUCUAUCUAUCUAUCUAUCUAUCUAAUGUAUCCAUAUCUAUCUAUCUAUCUAUCUAUCUAUCUAUCUAUCUAUCUAUCUCAGUCCAUUCAUAUCUAGCUAUCUAUCAAUCUAUCUCAGUGUAUUCAUCUCUCUCCCCCUCCCCCUCUCUCUCUAUGUGCCUGAGAUUAUUAGGUUUAACAGUAGUUUUUCUUCUCUUCCUCUCUCUCUUCCCCACUCGCUCGCUGCACACAUUCGCUUCAUUCCCCCCUCCCGCUAUUUCUUCUUCUUCUUCUUCUUCUUCUUCUUCUUCUUCUUCUUCUUCUUCUUCUUCUUCUUCAGUUUUCAUCACUAUUCCUUCUUUCUGUCUUUAUUUCUGA